UCUGCCAUCAACUCCCUUAAAUAUUAACUCCUUUCCCCUUCCCUCCUUUUUCUCUCCCAUCCCAUACCCAUUGCCGCCUGAAAACCAUUUUCCGACUCACCGGAAAACCAUUCUUAUCCAUUUCCCCUUCUUCUUCCCUUAUAACCCAUCAACCCCAGCACCACAAUGGGCUGAAAGGAACCUUUUUUUCCCCCUUCUUUAACCACUUCAACCCCUCAAAAUAACCAAAACAACCUGUUUUUCACCUUGGGUUUCCAUUUUCUUUUUCAAAAAUCCCACAAUGAUCAGUGCAACAGACCUUUACCAUGUCCUCACCGCCGUUGUACCUCUCUACGUAGCCAUGAUUUUAGCUUACGGUUCAGUCAAAUGGUGGAAAAUCUUCACCCCCGAUCAAUGUUCCGGCAUCAACCGUUUCGUCGCUUUAUUUGCCGUCCCUUUACUUUCAUUCCAUUUCAUAUCAACUAACAAUCCAUACACCAUGAACUUGAAGUUCAUAGCCGCUGAUACCCUUCAAAAACUCAUCGUCCUAGUACUUUUAGCCAUAUGGUCAAGAACUAGCUCAAGGGGUUCCUUAGAAUGGUCCAUAACCUUAUUUUCACUCUCAACACUCCCCAAUACUUUAGUAAUGGGCAUCCCUUUGUUAAAAGGCAUGUAUGGGGAUUAUUCAGGGAGUUUAAUGGUUCAAAUAGUGGUUUUACAAUGUAUAAUUUGGUACACUUUGAUGUUAUUCUUGUUUGAAUAUCGUGGUGCUAAGCUAUUAAUAGCUGAACAAUUCCCAGAUACUGCUGGUUCUAUAAUUUCAUUUAAAGUUGAUUCUGAUGUUUUGUCAUUAGAUGGUAAAGAACCUUUACAAACCGAUGCUGAAGUCGGUGAUGAUGGGAAACUUCAUGUUACUGUGAGGAAAUCAACUAGCUCAAGAUCGGAAAUCUUUUCUCGCCGGUCACAUGGUUUGAAUUCCGGUAUGGGGUUAACACCAAGACCUUCUAAUUUAACCAAUGCUGAAAUUUAUUCACUUCAAUCAUCUAGGAAUCCAACGCCAAGAGGUUCUAGUUUUAACCAUACUGAUUUUUAUUCAAUGGUGAACGGGGGGAAGAACAAUGUCAGUCCAAGGCAAUCAAAUUAUGGGAUAGGAUUUGAUGAAGAGAAUGGCGUUGGGGUGUUUGGUAAUAAUGGUAUAAGAUCAAAUGGUAGUUCAUAUCCUGCUCCGACAAGUGCUGGAAUCUUUUCUCCGGUGACUGCUCCCAAGAAGGCAAACGGUGGCGGUGACGGUGGUGGAAAGGAUUUGCAUAUGUUUGUUUGGAGUUCAAGUGCUUCCCCUGUUUCUGAAGGUGGUAUACAUGUUUUCAAAGGUGGAGAUUAUGGCAAUGAUCAUCAUCAUAAAGAUUAUGAUGAAUAUGGUAGAGACGAAUUCACUUUCGGUAAUAAGGCAGCAACGAACGGUGGUGUCGAUCGAGAAGGACCGGUUCUUUCCAAGCUUGGUUCAAGUUCCACGACUGAACUUAACCCGAAGAUUGAAACAAAGCCGGCCGCUAUGCCUCCGGCUAGUGUUAUGACUAGACUUAUAUUGAUCAUGGUGUGGCGAAAACUAAUCCGGAAUCCCAACACUUACUCGAGUUUGAUCGGUCUCACUUGGUCUCUUGUUUCGUUCAAGUGGAAUAUCCAAAUGCCUGCUAUAGUAGCCGGUUCGAUAUCGAUUCUUUCCAAUGCAGGUCUCGGAAUGGCCAUGUUUAGCCUUGGCUUAUUCAUGGCACUUCAACCAAGGAUAAUUGCAUGCGGGAACACGAUCGCAACCUUUGCCAUGGCGGUUCGGUUCCUAACCGGUCCUGCGGUUAUGGCAGCUGCCUCGAUUGCUGUUGGGUUAAGAGGUGUUCUUCUCCGCAUUGCUAUCGUGCAGGCAGCUCUUCCACAAGGGAUCGUGCCUUUUGUCUUUGCAAAGGAGUACAAUGUUCAUCCUGAUAUAUUGAGCACAGGGGUUAUAUUUGGAAUGCUGAUUGCCCUCCCCAUAACACUGGUUUACUACAUUCUAUUGGGACUUUGAAGCUGACAAGAGGAAAGAAAAGGAGACUGACCAAAUUAACCCUCCCAUCAUUUUGAAAACGGCAACGUUUUGGUGUUUCUCUUCUUAAAAAAAUCACUGUUAUAAUUUUGUCCAACUGAUAUGGUGAUUUACGGUGAAAUUAUCUGAUCUUUUUUAUUUAUUUAUCUUUUUGACAAUAUUAAAAAAAAAGGUGCGUGGAAUAGACUUUUGUUUUUAAUGUUAAUUUUUUUCAGUCC